GCAGCAGUUGGAAGCUGUGAGUAGCAAGGCAAGCUAGCUUGAGCUUUCUGAGCUCAUGUCGCUUGCGAGAUGAUACGAGGCCCCCAAUUGGUCUACCAACAGUCGGUGCCGCAGAUAGCUCAGGCACCACCUCGUGCACAGCAUGUUCACGUGCAGCCGUUGCAUGCCCCACCACAGCCGCGAAUGGCAAUGCCGUUUAUUCGGCAGCAGGCUUCGCCUGCAGUUUACUCGGCCCCAUGCAUGCCCUUCCGGCCUCAGGCAGAUGCAGUAAUGCCCAAGACCAGACCUGAAAGUGUGCAGCCCAGCUAUGUCAACACGGCAGCUGCUCCAGCAGACUUCAUAGCGCGUGAAGAUUUGGGUAUGGCUGGUGCUGGCACUGCGGGUGUCGGUGCCAACCAUGCUCAGAAUGGCUGGUCUGUGUCAAAUGGCAUGGCGUAUGCGAGGGUACCAUCCUACCCUGCGAAGCAGGCCUAUGCUCCGUGGCAACCAGCGACGCUGGCUCAUCGAAGAAGUGCGUGUGUACUCCGGCCGGAGCUUUUAUCUGCUCGGCGAGAGGCUGCUGCUGAUGGCUCUAACACUGCACCAUCAGCCGGGCUGUCUGGCACGCCAUCGGCGCCAUCCGCGCCAUCUGCUGUUGCGCCAGGAAUAGAACCUGGGGCUUUUACCGAGAUUGAGGUUGCGACAAAGAAUGAAGCCGGAAUGCUGCAAAUUCCAGAUGUGAGGCCCAAAGUUCAGCCUACGGCUGAUGCGACACUGUUGUCUGUAUGGCCUGGCCUUGGAGAUGCAGAUUUCCGGAACAGCGAAGAGCACCCAGAGGUGCCCCAGAAAGCAAGAGGUCAGCUCACAUCCGAUGAAAAAUUAGCCUACAGCGACUUGAAGUUUGUGGAGCACCUUGGCUCUGGUGAGUUUGGGCAAGUUUUCCGCGGCUUCUACAAGAAACAGGAGGUUGCAAUCAAGCAGCUCUACUGGGACAACACAGUUCUACCACAGGUGAUCAUCCAGGAUUUGACUCGAGAGAUCGAGUCCUUCAGGCACCUGCGACACAAGCGCCUGGUCAAUUUUGUGGGGGCGUGUCUGGAGAUCCCCAACCUGUGUAUUGUCACAGAGUACGCUCCUGGCGGCUCUUUGCACCACCUUUUGCAUGUGCGCAAACUUCGACUGCCGCUGCUCCACUGUGCCAACAUGUGCUUGCAACUUGCAGAAGGUGUUGUCUACCUGCACUCGCAGAAUCCCAUAGUCGUUCAUCGUGACUUGAAGAGCCUGAAUGUUGUCCUGGACCUGAGCCUCAACCUGAAACUCUGCGAUUUCGGCUUGACUGAAUCAAUGGAGCGGACACACAUCACGAAGAAGAACAAUGGUGGCUCGCCUCGCUACAUGGCUCCAGAGUUGUUUGAUAGCAAGUCCAAGAUCACGGAGAAGGUCGACAUUUGGUCCAUGGGUUGCAUUUUCACGGAGAUCAAUGGCGGACCCUUACCGUACGAGGGCAUCAACACUCUAGCUGAGCUGACACGGGAGAUGUUGGUGAACAGAAGGACACCUUCUAUUCCACCAUUCGUUGCGGAGCCGCUUCAGGUUGUGAUUGCUGCCUGCUACAACUUUGAUGCUCGUCUGCGGCCGUCUGCACGACAGGUCUACGACCAGCUUCGAGAAGGCAAAAAACAAUUGCAAGCACAAGGGCUGAUGAGCUCAUGAGGACGUGGCCUUCUUUAUGCUUGACCGAAUUCCACCAUAGUGCCUCGGAA